AUGACACUUGAGCACGCCGCGAGUAGAGCACUCAUGGCUGCACAGGAGUCGACUCGUCUCAUCGAUACCCAGACGCAGCUCCAUGCCCCGGGCAACACCGAUCCGGCCUCGGCACGGAGGAGGAGAGCUCGGAGUCGAUGAACGAGACCGAACGUGAUUCUGGGCAAGCUGAUCCCGCCGCUCUUGGUCGUGUUGGCCUACAAGGGAUAUGAUCUCGCCAUGGUACAAACAGGUGGGCUCUGGCCCACAUACUUCCGCCCUGACUAACGAGUCACGAGCUGAUUGGCUGUCGAAGUCCACAGCCAAUUACCUCGCACUGGUCCGAGGACGACAUUCCGUCGCCCGCAUGUAUCAACUGCAGUUCAUCGUACUUCUUUCGGUCGCGACCUUGUGUUUUGGACUUGUGCGCUUCGCCUCGCAUCGGAUAGAAGGAGAUGGCGAGCCUCCGAUCGAGAUCCAACAGCGCAAGGUGGUAUGUCCACAGCCCCAACUUCCGAAGACCUGUGUGCGAAAGAGCUCCCGACUCAGCAGUCACUCAGUCUCACAAGUUUUCAAUUGGGCAGAUCUUCGAAUGCAAUUCCGACGGAAAAGCCAAGAUGUGUAUUCAAUGUAAUCGAUGGAGACCCGUCAAAGCACGGCAUUGUAACGACUGUGGUGUAUGCAUGUGAGUCGGCUCUCGGGCCAACGGAGUGCCAUGUGCUGUCAACUGAAGCAUCUGGUUUGAUGUUCACAGACCAGGUUUCGAUCAUCACUGUCCAUUCAUGGAUGCAUGUGUGGCAAGAGAGUCUAUCGAACCGUUCUUCUGCUUCCUCGUUGUAAGUCUUCGCGAACCUGGAGUCCGCGAUCGGACUCCCGGGCUCACCUCUGCACAUUUUUGCACAUUUUUUCUGGGGCCAGGCCGCCGUCCUGUUGAUCGGCAUCUCCAUUAUUCCGCUCGUCCCAAUCAUAUACGAGGCCUUGAUGAGAGUGCACGAAACUACCUGGAAUUCGGUCGAGCUUCGUGAGCGGUGGUGGGACCGAAAGCUCAGCUGGAUCGGCGGACCUGUCACUCGGUUAGUGACAUUCGCCCAGCGUCUAACCACCAACGGUCAGGCUCAUCCCUUCACCUUCCACACAGCUAUGCGUAUGGUCUAUUCAUCGCAUACCGCGUAUACAGCUCGUCCGGUCAUCCGCCGCUCUUACGAGUCCGGGGACACCGGGAUCCCACGUACGACCCCUGUCCUCUGCUGUCCUCACCUCACUUUGGUCCUCUCCUCGUUGUCGUGACGGCGGUGUUUGUCAUGCUCGUUGGGGUAGCCAGUGAGUUCGCUCGCGUAUACGCUCAAUCAUAAAAGGAAACUCUGUGGAGCUGAAAAGGCCCUCUCUUGUUCCUUAGUGAUCACAACCAUCAUCCUCAACGCACGCCAGGGCCUGUCAGCGGUCCAAGUCGAGCGCAUCCGUCGUCAUCGAGCUCGAUCUUCUUCCAAAUCCAACACCUACGAUCCUCGGAUAUACAUCUACCUACCUCCAGCACCUCGAAAUCAAACCUCAUCUUUAUCUGUCCUCAUGGAGGGAGAGCAAGAUCGACCAGAGGAGGGAGUGAUCGUCGCUGUGGACCCGGAGGAACCUUUGUUCGAUCUCGGAGCGAGCAAGAACCUCGAGGCUUUGUUGGGCCGAAAGUGGUGGGAAUGGGGGAUGCCUUGGAGACGCUCACGGUGAGUCGAUUGCAAAUCGGAUAGAAUACAUCUGGGCAAAUCCGAUUCUGAUCCCUUGUAUUCGGGCCUACAGUAUCGUCGAAGGGGAUGAGGUGUUCAAUCCCAAAGUGAUUACACAACUACGCGAGAAAGCCCGCAAGCAGCCUUAG